UAAUGAUAAGCUGAUACCGUAUUUUUGUAAAAAUUUCAUUUUGUAAGCCACCAUUCACCCAAUAUCAUUAAAUCUGUUUUUAAUUUUUCUAUUGUCGUAGUUCGAAUAUAAUAAGAAUCUGACCACUGAUUAUAUGUUGUAACUUGUAACUAGUUAAAAUAUCUACUACCUGUGCCAGAAUAUUUGAUAUUUUUUAUCUAUUCUAUUUCGUGAUUAUUAAAAAUGUAAAAUGGUUUUAGAAUCUUGUUCUGUUAAAAGAUUAUUAUUAUUAAUUAUAUUCAUCGGAGGGAUUACACUACUAAUAUUUAUAAGAAUUACAUCUUCAACUGCAUUGUCUGGACUCAAUGCCACUAUUGCAACAGAGGCAUCUGAAAGCAUAAAAGAUCAUAAAAACUCGUCAAAUAAAUGUUGGUUGCGAGAAGAAAAUACAAUUCUGAAAGAAUGUCAUUUGUGUUCUAAUAGACCUGAAUGCAUUAAUGCGAGUUAUAUUGAAACAAUUGAAUGCAAAAUUUCUGGACUAGCAUAUAGAAAUUGCAGCAAACCAACUAUACAAACAUCAGAAAAAGAAUUUUGGUUAUUUCAAGUCUCACAAUUUGUGAUUGCUGUAAUCAGCUUAUCUGUUAUACAAUACAAAAAAAAGCAGUUCCAUAAAAAGUUAAUGAAAAGAAUACAAAAACAAUUAGAUUCUGUUGUAUAG